GUAAUACUAAUGCUAAUGCUAUGUGAGAGUAGUGCGGCAAUUGGCAAUUUACCGCAAGGGAAGCCCAAAAGUAGUUAGUCAGAAACUAACCAACUUUCAAAUAGCGUUCUAUUUUAGGCUCAGUGUAUUUUCCAAUUUAAAAAGCCAGAGACCCGAAAACCCCGCGAAAAGCUUCUGACAGGCACCAAGAACGAACACACAGAGCACCUGCAAAAGGAAUCCAUGGACAUUAAGGUUAGGGUUUCGUUAUCUUCAACCCGGCUUCCAGCGGCAAAUGAUGCAUUCAUAAACCCUAGGGCAAUGCUAUUGCUAGUUCGCUACUCGUGAUUUGAAGUCAAAAUUACUCUUAAGAAACUAGGCUUCUGUUUUUUGGUUCAUAUCGUAUACAUAUAUGUAUAAAGGUGGAGGCCCAUGGUAAUGGAAGGAGAGAUCAAGGGCGAAGGUGAAGGUGGAGGUGGCGGAGAAGAGAUCAGAGAUGAAACUGCGGAGGGUGUGAUUGAAUAUGUUGUUCAAAUCGGAGACUACCGAAGGACGCAGAGGAAAGAAUGCUAUAACCUGGUGCGGCGUAUGAAGCUCUUGCUGCUGCUUUUUGAAGAGACGCGGGAGCUCGAUAAGCCAAUUCCGGAGAGGGGUGCCGCUUGGUUGGAAAAUUUGAAGAUGAUGCUUCUCAUGGCCAAGAAAUUGCUCAAAACUUGUCAUGAGGGGAGCAAAAUUUAUCUGGCAUUUGAAAGCGAGGCAAUCAUGGUUAGAUUUCAUGCGGUUCAUGAAAGACUCGGUCAGGCUUUAGAAGGUUUGCCUGAUGAACUUUGCAUCUCAAAUGAAGUCAAGGAACAGGUUGAACUGAUGAUCAUGCAACUUAGACGAGCGAGGAAGCAAAUGGAUACGCAGGACAUAGAACUCGCAAUGGAUAUUAUGGUGGUUUUGCCCAAAAAAGAAGAUAGAAAUGCUGAUAGUGCCAUUAUAGAGAGGCUGGCCCAAAAGCUAGACCUGCAAAAAUCUGAGAACCUUAAGAUAGAAACAAUAGCUGUGAGGAAUCUGGUUAAUGAUAAAGAGAGAGGAGGGCCAAGUGCAGAGAAUUCAGAAAAACUACGCACAAUUGCAGCAAUUCCUUGUGAUCUUCUAAACAAAUUCAGACAAAUAGCAGGAAUGGAAGCGACCAAUGUCCUUGGCGACCCUGUUAUGCCUAAAAUGCUCGAGAAGUGCCCGUCUUUGAUGAUCCCUCAUGAAUUCCUCUGUCCAAUCACGCUAGAAAUAAUGACGGAUCCUGUUAUUGUUGCAAGUGGACUGGUGAUUCGCUUACAUGAAAUGGUUUCCACAGGCCAGGAAAGCUCCUCCACCGAACACAAAGAGGAGAUCUCAUCUUUGGUUGAUCAGCUGUCCUCAAGUCACUUAAAAGUGCAAAGAAAUGCUGCCAUGAAGAUUCGUUUGAUCUCUAAAGAGAAUCCAGAGAACAGAAUUUUGGUUGCCAAAAGUGGAGGAAUCCCACCACUGGUGCAACUUCUUUCCUAUCCAGGUUCUAAAAUUCAACAGUAUGCAGUAACGGCUCUUUUGAAUUUAUCGAUUGACAAAACAAACAAGAAACUGAUAACCAGAUAAGAAGCCAUUCCAGCUAUUAUAGAAGUCUUGCAGAAUGGAAGCACAGAAGCUAGAGAGAACUCUGCAGCAGCUUUAUUUAGCUUGUCGAUGAUUGAUGAGAACAAAGUAAUUGUGGGGUCAUCAAAUGGCAUUCCGCCAUUAGUAGAUUUGUUGCAGGACGGGACGAUCAGAGGUAAAAAAGACGCUGUCACGGCACUGUUUAAAUUGUCUCUGAACCAAGCAAACAAAAGGAGGGCCAUUAGUGCUGGCAUUGUACCGCCACUACUCCAGCUAUAAGAAAAGAAGAUCUUUUAUUAUUUCUUUCUUAACGAGAAAGGAAUACAACUCAGUUUAUAUACAUUUGUCUAAUUAGGCUUAGUAACUAAUUAUACUUAAUUUAUCUCCUAACACAAGGGAUUAGUUACAAGACUGUUAUAACCAAAAAAUACAGCUGUAAAAGCUAUUAACUAUGUGGCAUCCCUUUA